AUGUUGGUCUCCUUGACAGUUGGCAAGGUUGACGCAGGUGUCGCGGUGCUCCUCACUCAAGACAAUCGACUCAUCGAAUUCCCCUCAGUCCUACUUCCAAACAACAUUGCCUCCGGUAGCAUCGUUGAUAUCACCGUGUCGCGCAAUCAUGCCGCCGAAGCAGCAAGCGCAUCUGCCUUCCAAACCCUCCAGAAACGAAUCUUGAAUACUUACGGCGUCAAAGCCCCGUCUCCACCAAUCCUGCGCCUGCGAAAUGCAACCCAGACCUCGCUCGUUCUCGAGUGGGACCCCAUCGACCUGGCCACCGCAUCCCUGAAAUCCCUCUCCCUCUACCGCAAUGGAUCCAAGGCCGGUUCCAUACCCCGUCCCCUUGAGACUCGUAGCACAAAGAUCAGCGGUCUCGCCAUUCACUCUGAAUACUCCUUCCACCUUGUCCUGCGCACGACUGCCGGUACCUACCAGUCGGAGAAGCUGACCUGUCUAACUCAUAAGAUGACCGAUCUGUCCGGUAUCACUGUCACAACAGGCAUCCUGGAUCCGCAGCAGAAGGAAGCCCUUGGUGCCGCGCUGGACCGUAUUGGCGGUAAGAUGAUCGACACCGUCCGUAUCGAUACCACCCAUUUCGUCUGCACGGAAGGACGCGGCGCGCAGUGGGAGAAGGCUGUUAGCAUGAACAUUCCAGUCGUCGUGCCGGAGUGGGUGGACGCUUGCGAGACAGAGGGUACCAUCGCCGGUGUGCGUGGCUACUAUCUAAACGCAGACCCCAAGGCCCGCCAGCUGGGCGUCAUCCACGGCUCGUCCCACCAGCGCACUACUUCGACUCUCUCCGCUGCCACCACACACCAGGGAAGACCCAGCUCCCAGCCCCAGCGCAGCCCCUUGGCGUCAGAGCAGGCCCCUGAGGAACCGCCUCUGACGCCCUUCCCUGGGGGCCCGGUCAGCGGCCAACCCCUGGCGCAGGAGGAGGAGGUUGGUUCGGAAGACGAGGAAGAUCUUCCGCCCCCUCCACCCCCGCCCAAGGGUGAUUCCAAUGGUUCAAAUGAGCCUGCUGUGAAUGGCGAAGCGGAACCAGCGCCCGCUCCAGGGAAGGAUGAAGAGUCCGAUCUUGGGGAGAGCAGCGAAGAAAAAACAGAUAAAGAGCAGACCCUUCCGCAGAACAGGCCUGAGGAUGAGGCCGAGGCCGAGGCUGCGAGUUCCGCUAUCGCAAAGAGCAAAGGAAAAGAGGGUGAAGGGGACUUCAAUGAAGUGCCGCUGUGA